AUGACCAGGUGUGCUCUGCUGGUGCUGAUGGUCCUGAUGUUGGGUAGAGUCCUGGUUGUCCCAGUGACCCCUAUCCCAACCUUCCAGCUCCGCCCUCAGAAUUCUCCCCAGACCACUCCCGGACCUGCACCUGCAGCCUCAGAGAGCCCCUCAGCUGCUCCCACAUGGCCCUGGGCUGCCCAGAGCCACCGCAGCCCCACCCGCCACUCUGGCUCGCGCAUUGUCCUAUCGCUGGAUAUCUCCAUCGGCCUCUUGCAGAUCUUACUGGAGCAAGCCCGGGCCAGGGCUGCCAGGGAGCAGGCCACCACCAACGCCCGCAUCCUGGCCCGUGUCGGCCGCCGCUGA